AUGGCUUUAUGGAAACGAGAACGGAAAUCUCCAACUGCUUCUGCGCAGUUGAGUCCUACAGAGAGUGCAGCAGAAGAAGAGAAUGGUGAUGUCCACAACGAUGAUCUACAAGAAAGAAAAGGAUGGUUCGGAUCGUUAAGCUCGAUGUUUGCACUGCCUUACGAUUGGUAUUUAUCCAUCAAUGAAGAUAUUGCAGUUAUAGAUUGGGACAAGAAAUCAAAUACUCUUGCAUGGCCAUUAGGGAACAUGCUAACAUGUGUCUUUUUUGCUAUCAGGCUAUUACAGGAUAAUGUUAUAUCCCCAAACAUUCAUAAAUUAAACCAUUCAGAUGAUGCUUUUGACUUUUCAAAGUCGAAAAACCUCCAGAAAUAUGAUUAUUUCCAACAAUAUCUAGGAACCAACGCUGCCGGUGACAGUUUAUACUAUAGAAUGUUGCGAGUUCUCCAUAGAAUCUUCGGCUUCCUCACUUACUUCCUCCUCGUUAUAAACCUAGGUAUAACGUACAAAUUCUUAUUCUCAUAUUACCAAACAUACUCGAUAUUCUAUUGGAAAACCAUUCCCAAAUCUAAAAAUGUCACGAAAAAGUCAUUACAUGAUUUAAACCAUACUUAUGUCGAGGAUGCAAAGAGAGAUUCACUAUGGGGAAUGAUAAAAUAUUUGAUAUUCAAUAAAAAUGACACUGCAGAAAUAUCGAAAAAGGAGCAUUACUUUGAGUUGAGAAAGUGGGCUCCUAGUAAAUUUCUCACAUCCCUCUUCGUUUCAUUCUCACCUAUCGCAUACUGCUUUUUAUGGAUGACUGAUGUUACUUUUAAAACUUUAAUUCCACUACUGGUUCACCAAUACGUGCUUUGGUUUAUUGUACUUGAAAGAUACGAACAAAAGCUUAAAGAUGAGCAAAUUUUGAGUAUGUCAAACCUUGCGGAACUAAAUUCUAAAGUUAUUCAACCUAAAAUGAACGUUUUGAAACAGGAUGCAAUGGUCGAUGCUACACCAUAUAAUGAUAAUCUAGUGUUCUUUUAUCCUGCAUAUACUACAACUCGGUCGCGUGUCUUUGCUACGCAUUCUUUAGGUGGUAAGCUGAUCAAAGAGAAAUAUAAUUUCAGGACAAAUUCAUUUGAAGACACAGAGCCUCGUCGUACCGAGAAUUUUGUACGAUUUUCGCAUCAGCAGAGUUUGUUGAAUGGACAAUAUGCCAGAGAUCCUUAUCACCAUAGUAGGCAGCCUAGUCCACGUUUAAGCCCAUCGCGAUAUUCCAAUGCGUAUGGAGGCAAUACACCUUCUGCACCAUCAACUCCGUUGUUGGCUCCAUCCCAACCACUACAUUUUGAUCAUUCUACAAUGGCAAAUGCAUCGAGAAAUCAAAAUACAAAUAUGAUGUUCAAUUCAAGAAGAAAUUCUCAUAGUCCAAUGAGACCACAGUUCUCUAAUAAGCUGCACAGGUAUGCAGAUGAAACAGGUUAUAGCGUUAGUGAUUAUCCAGACGAAAGUAAUCUUCGGGGAAGACAAAGUUAUAUCGACAGUUCGCCGCAACCAAAUAACCAUGAAUUAAAUGAUGAAAGAAUAUAUGAUAAUGAAAACAACACAGGUAACAAUUCACCCUAUCGUAACUUGUCUCGGUCUCCUUUCAAAUAA